CUGUCCUCUCACUUAAGGUGCAAUCCAACUACUCCUCGUAUCUCCAGUCCUUCUGUUGCUUAUGCCAGUGUAGAUGAUGCUUUGGUUUCGUUUAAUGGGAUGCUCCACAUGAGUCCUAGGCCUUCCAUUGUGAAAUUUGGCCAGCUGUUGUCGUUUCUUCUGAAAAUUAAUGCCCCCAAAGCUGCGUUCUUCGUAUCUCAACGAAUGGAGUCGGCUGGAAUCCCACACAAUCUUCAUACACUUGGUAUGUCAAUACAUAGCUUUUGUAAAUUGGGUUGUGUGGAUCUUGGGUUUUCUGUUUUGAGCAAGACUUUUAAACUAGGUCUUCAACCCAAUGUCGUUAUCUUCACCACCUUGAUUCAUGGGCUCUGUAAAGAUGGGAAAGUUGUUGAAGCUGUGAAGUUGGUGGAUAAGAUUCGGAUUCUGGGAUGUCAACCAAAUAUAUUCACUUACAACUCAGUCAUUAAUGGACUAUGUAGGGCAGGACAGACAAAUGUUGGUCUUGAAUUGCUCGAAAAAAUGGAAAGUUUGGGUUGCCAGCCUGACGUCGCUAGUUACAACACAGUCAUUGAUAGGUUCUGUAAGGAUGGGUUGGUAUCUAAAGCUCUAGAUGUGUUUUCUAGGAUGAAGGAUAAAAAGAUUCCACCCAAUACUGUUACUUACAGUUGCUUGAUUUAUGGUUUAUGCAUCGCGAGCCAGAGGAAUGAAGCUUUGAUGUUAUUGAACGAAAUGGUUGAGGAAAAUAUGACGUUGGAUGCGGUUACCUUCAACAUAUUGGUCGAUGCUUGUUGCAAGGAAGGAAAUGUUUUGGAGGCUAAAGUUAUAACCAAAAUGAUGAUUCAAAGUGGAUUGCUUCCAGAUACCAUCACUUGCAAUUCAUUGAUGGAUGGUUAUUGUUUGCGCAACGAAUUAGGCAAAGCUAAGAAGUUAUUUGAUAUCAUGGUCAAUGCUGGAUGUGAACCUAGUGUGUGUAGUUAUAAUAUCAUGAUCAAUGGAUAUUGUAACAAUAGAAUGAUGGAUGAAGCCGAACGAUUACUGAAUGAUAUGCUCGAGAAGGAUUUGGCCCCAGAUACAGUUACAUAUAAUACUCUGAUGAAUGGAUUAUGCCUAGUGGGAAGGCUCAAAGAUGCACAAGAACUUCUGGAGAAAAUGUGCAGUCGAGGUGUCUACCCAGAUGCUGUGACGUUCGGGAGUCUGCUUGCUGGUUUGUGCAGGCUAGGUCAUCUUGAUACGGCGUUAACUGUAUUUGAAGAAAUGGGAAGUAGGAGGGUGAAGUGUGAUGUAGUCGUCUAUAGCAUUCUUAUCGAUGGUUUGUGGAAAGCAGGGAGAGUGAAGGGAGCAAAGGAAAUGUUUUCUAGGCUAUGUGAUGAUGAAGGUUUGCAACCUGAUACCCACUGUUAUAACAUAGAAAUCGUUGGACUAUGUAGCCAUGGUUUUGUAGACGAAGCAUUCAAUUUGUUCAGAAAGAUGGAAGGGAGCAGUUGUCCGCCAGAUGGUAUCUCUUAUAACGUGCUUAUCCAUGGAUUUCUUCGGCAUAAAGAUCCACUUGAGGCAGUGGAACUCAUUCGUGAGAUGGUGUCUAAAGGUUUUUCAGCUGAUGCAACCACAAUGAAGUUGCUGGUAGAAUCAAUACCCGACAAUCAGUUGGAUCAUCCACUGCUCAGAAAGCUACUGCGCGAUUCUGAUGACGAACAGUCAGGAGAUGGCUCAUUGUGA